GUUGUCCACAUUCGCGCUAAUACUUGAGAAACUGAGGAAUAAACCACAUUCAUAGCAUAUGGCUGGUUAGUCAAAAAUAGUCACUGUUAGGGGGGAGAUGACUACAUAGCCACCACAUGAAGCACUGCAGUCGAAGAAAUCUCAGCUAGUACAGGGUAAAAGUGCCUUCCGACUAGGAUUGGUUGCUGCUCUGGGUUACUCCCCUAAUACAUGAUGCCUCCUGAGUGAGUUCAGGAAAGUCAUUUCAGGGUUAAUAAUGUAACACAGAGCACCAAUACCGAACUUAUUUGACAGUCGUAGGCUUACCCGUCUCACGGUACUAUCAGCUAUCUGAAAUGGUCAAAUGCCAAACCCCACCAUUAGUUAUUUGACACGAAUUAAACAGCUGUGUGUGUUUAUACGCAUUAUGACUACACUCACUUUGUUAUAUGUAGCGCGUGCAUCCUUAUCUCUUUAUAUAUAUAUGUAAUAUGUUUACAGACGCUUGUCGACGUUGAUGGGCACUGAACAGGUGCUGUGUAGUCACGGCUAAUGCAAAACCAGGUCCAGUAAGUGCCAUUUCAUGCAAAUCUCUUUGUGAGGGGCAGCAGAACGGGUUCCUUCUCUUAUGUCAAUGAUGUCAUCUGCCGGAAGAACGGGGUUGUGAGGCAGUGCAGGUUGUGUAUUUCAUAAAGAGCACUUGACAGAUUGCCAAAAAAAAAAAAUUGUGAGGGAACUGGACCUUCUGGAUUUCGAAAGGCGAAUCGUCAUCAUUUUCAUCUACAUGGAGAAGGAGGGAUCAUUUGCCUUUACGUGAAAGGAAAAUAGAGACAAAUUAUACUCAAAUGUUUUUGUUCUCCUCUGCUGCGCUCGUUUUUCCCCCUUGGAUGCAUGCUGGUUAGAGAGCCAUGAAUUCGGCCGAACAGACAGUUACAUGGCUGAUAACUCUGGGGGUCUUAGAUUCGCCUAAAAAGACCAUAUCGGAUCCUGAAGGAUUUUUACAGUCGUCCCUGAAAGAUGGGGUGGUCCUCUGCAAAUUACUGGAUCGCCUGCUUCCAGGUUCCAUAGAUAAAGUGUACCCCGAACCCAGAAACGACAUCGAGUGUUUGUGCAACAUCAGGGAAUUUCUGAAAGGUUGUGCCACCCUCAGAAUAGAAACUUUUGAUGCAAAUGAUCUGUAUCAGGGACAGAACUUUAACAAGGUCCUGAGUUCCCUGGUGGCUCUAAAUAAAGCAACAGCAGACAUAGGAUUAAGAAGUGAUUCUGUAUGUGCCCGCCAUUCAUCCCUUCGGAUUAAGUCAUUUGAUUCUUUGGGAUCUCAACCUUCUCUGAGCAGAUCAUCAAAGCUUUUUCAAGGACAGUAUCGAAGUCUGGACAUGACAGAAAACAGCAACCAUCAACUGGUUGUGAAGGCAAAAUUUAAUUUUCAGCAGAAUAACGAAGAUGAACUUUCAUUUACAAAAGGUGAUAUUAUCCAUGUGACACGAGUAGAAGAAGGAGGAUGGUGGGAAGGACAAUUAAACAGCAAAUCGGGGUGGUUUCCCAGCAAUUAUGUUAGAGAAGUAAAGUCAAAUGAAAAGCCAGUAUCUCCCAAGUCUGGGACUCUCAAAAGUCCUCCAAAAGGAUUUGACACAUCCACAAUAAGCAAAAGCUAUUAUAAUGUGGUGCUACAGAAUAUUGUAGAUGCAGAGAAUGAGUAUGCUAAGGAGCUCCAGACUCUUCUGUCAAGCUACCUGCGGCCGUUGCAGUCAAGUGAAAAAUUAAACUUCAGCAAUACAUCACAUUUAAUGGGAAAUCUUGAAGAGAUCUCCAGUUUCCAGCAAAUGCUUGUACAGUCUUUGGAGGAGUGCAUCAAGUUGCCUGAGACACAACAAAGGGUCGGAGGUUGUUUCUUGAACUUAAUGCCACAGAUGAAAAGCCUAUAUGUUGCCUAUUGUGCCAAUCAUCCAUCAGCAGUAAAUGUCUUGACAGAGCACAGUGAAGAGCUUGGAGAAUUCAUGGAAUCUAAAGGUGCCAGCAGCCCAGGGAUUCUUGUUUUAACCACAGGUCUCAGUAAGCCAUUCAUGAGGCUCGAUAAGUAUCCAACACUGCUAAAAGAACUUGAGCGACAUAUGGAGGACUAUCAUCCAGACCGGACUGACAUUCAAAAGUGUAUGACAACUUUCAAAAAUCUCUCGGCUCAAUGUCAGGAGGUCCGAAAAAGGAAAGAGUUAGAACUCCAAAUCCUGACAGAAAAUAUUCGUUGUUGGGAAGGUGAAGACAUCAAAACACUGGGUCAUGUCAUCUACAUGUCCCAAGUCACAAUACAGUGUGCUGGAAAUGAGGAAAAAAAUGAGAGAUAUUUGCUGCUGUUUCCUCAUGUGCUGUUAAUGCUGUCUGCUAGCCCUCGGAUGAGUGGCUUUAUAUACCAGGGAAAACUGCCUUUGACGGGAAUGACAAUCACAAAAAUAGAAGACAGUGAAAAUAAAAAUGCCUUUGAAAUUGCAGGCAGUAUGAUAGAGAGGAUAGUUGUGUCCUGCAACAAUCAACAAGAUCUGCAUGACUGGGUUGAUCAUUUGCAAAAACAAACCAAAGUCACUAACAUUGGGAAUCCUGUUAUCAAGCCACAUUCUGUGCCAUCUCAUACACUUCCUUCUCAUCCAGUGACUCCCUCUAGUAAACAUUCAGAUAGUAAACCUCUGCACUUGACGCCUGCUUACCACACACUUCCACAUCCUUCUCACCAUGGGUCUUCACAUAGCACUAUCAACUGGGGUCCUUUGGAACCUCCCAAAACAUCAAAACCAUGGAGUUUAAGUUGUUUGCGACCAGCACCUCCACUACGACCUUCAGCAGCUCUGUGCUAUAAGGAGGAUCUGAGUAAAAGUCCUAAAACAAUGAAAAAACUACUUCCAAAGCGUAAACCAGAACGAAAACCAUCGGAUGAGGAGUUUGCACUAAGAAAAAGUACUGCUGCACUUGAAGAAGAUGCCCAGAUAUUAAAAGUAAUUGAGGCUUAUUGCACAAGUGCCAAAACACGUCAGACUCUUAAUUCAACUUGGCAAGGCACUGACCUGAUGCAUAAUCACGUGUUGGCUGAUGAUGACCAAUCAAGUCUAGAUUCCUUGGGUCGUCGCAGUAGUCUUUCCCGCAUGGAGCCUUCAGAUCUUUCGGAAGAUUCUGACUAUGACAGUAUAUGGACAGCUCAUAGUUACAGAAUGGGGUCUACAUCUCGUUCACGCAAAGAAGCUGCCCCCCAAGUGUUGUUUCCAGAAGAAGAAAAGAUUAUUGUAGAGGAAACAAAAAGCAAUGGUCAAACUGUAAUAGAAGAAAAAAGCCUUGUUGACACAGUGUAUGCAUUAAAAGAUGAAGUCCAGGAAUUAAAACAGGAAAACAAGAAAAUGAAGAAGUCGCUUGAAGAAGAGCAAAAGGCUCGCAAAGAUUUAGAGAAACUUGUUAGAAAAGUAUUAAAGACUAUGAAUGACCCAUCCUGGGAUGAAACCAAUUUAUAAUGAACAUUUUUCAGCGUGACAUACUUAUAAGAAAUACAAUUAAUGCACCAUGGAGUAGGAUUUAACUGGAUAUUUAGUUUAACAUUUCAUUGUACUGUACUAGAACUAUAGAAGUGAUUAUGCAAGCCACUGACUGGAUAACUUGUAUCAGUCAUUGAAUCUUAAACAUUUAGACAAUUCUAUGACAUUCUUAGUACCUUAGAUUACCUCAGAGGUGCAGACAUCAGAUGAAAAAUAUAUAUUUUUGCAGAAAAAAAUGUAAACUAUGAAUUUCCCCUUGUAAAUAUUUGAGGUUUUGGAAGCUACAUUUUCUUAAUUUUCCAGCCACUUUAGGUCACAAGUACAACUAUAUAUAUAUUUUUUCCGUUAAUAAUCGCCUAGUAUUUUUUGGGAAUGGAAACUGCUUAAUUUAUUUGUUCAUCCUUAUCAUUGUAAUCAGUGUCCUGUUUUAAGAAGCAGUAUAAAUACCAUUCCAUCUGCCUGUGUAUAAUAUUUAAAUAAUUUAAUUUUUAUUAUUUAUAUCUGUCUAAGCUUUUGGUUGCAUUUAAAAUGCUUUAAUUAUGACAUAAGUGAACAUGGAGAUUGGUGCCAUCUUAUGUUUCAAAAUGUUUUACACUUUUAAAGCCUUGUGGCCACUAUUUUAUUUUUAUUUUGUAUUAUUAACCUGCAAUAUGCUACAUUUUGCCAAUUAAACUUGUACAUAAUUACUUUCUUAUAACAUAAUUACUGUGACUAUCAUUUUGUACUUUGUGAAAUUUUUUUAGUAUUUUGCAUUUUUAUAAACAGCUGCUUGAUGUGCUGAAAUACUAAACUUGUUAAAUGUAGAAUUCUAUAACCUGAUGUUUUUGUAUAAAAAGGGUUAUUUAUUGUGGUCAUGAUGACCAAACAGAUGAAUUUAAAAUGUUCUGGAUUAACAAAAAAUGCAGUUUACCUCUUUCGUAUUGAUGUAAUUCCUAUAUAUAAAAUAAUCAGAAGUGGUUACAGUAAUUCAUUUUUGUGUACAAAUUAUCAUUGAAUUAUAUGCAAGGUGAUGCACAUUUUCAAAGUUCUUUCUGACACAUACAGCAGAACAUUCCACAGAAACUUAAUUAUUCAAGCCAUUUUUAGUAAUGCUGUCUCAGGAAAAACACUCAUCUCAUUAACUGCAUAGCAUGGUAUAGCAAGCUUAUAACUAUCUUGUGAGCAGUAUUGCUGGACCUGAAUUGUGGUACCUCUUUGCAUAUUGAGGAACUGUGCUGAUUCAAACUAUAGGUGGCUGUUUAAGUAACUUAUGAGGUAUAGUAAAAAAAUUGUGUCUUUCGGCUUUUCCCAGUUAGGGGUCGCCACAGCGGAACUCUGGUCCGCUAAUGAUUGGCAGUAGAGUUUUACGUGCUGGCUUGCCAGGCCUA